AUGUCGCCUCCUUCGACAAAUGGCCCCGAGGCCGUAACAGUUUCAACCCUCUCAACUCAGUCCAAAACCAAGUUCACUUCUUUACCUCCCGAACUUCGCCUUAAGAUAUGGUCAGGAGCUAGCGAGCCUCGUAUCGUUUUAUACAGUGAUCUCGUGCAAAACGACCGGUCUUGUCCGUUACCUGCUGUUACACAACUCAAUGCCGAGGCGCGUGCUGAAACUCGACAAUGGUAUGAGCCAAUAGGCCGCGGAUCAUUCUUGGACUUCUCUAGUGAUAUUCUCGUCUGCGACCAUAAGAUCUCAGACCAAGCAACAGAUCAAUACCUAGAAGAAAUUGCGCCCAGGGUACGUCGGUUGGCAUUUUGGGACUGCUUCCCUGAUGAUGGCCGGGUGUCAGGACCUCAUCUCUACUCCGUCUAUGUCUCAGCAUGUUAUCGCCAGCGAGAUUUUGGUAAAAUCGAAUUCGACAGAUUCUGGUUCCCAAACUUGGACGACCUAUGGAUUGUCAAGGUGGGAGAAAUCGAUCCGGCGUGGAUGGUGCAUGUGAACAUGAAAGCACCUUAUGAAGUCCGACUUCAAGAAUUAGCGAAGCAAUUCAGAUAUUGGGUGGAUGAAAACAUCAUCGAAAUGGCACCUUUGGACCUGAAAGACCCCGAGUCACAAGCUGUUCUUAAUGAAGGCCGCUGCGGGAAGGAAGAUUGCCACGAACUCAACAAGGGGCGUAGCAAAAUGGUUUCCAAGGUUACAUUCCUCGACGGCAACUAUAAGGCCCCAGAUGAUGACCUGAACUGGGAUGAGAUGGGUUCUCGUCGAGAGAAUUUUAACAUUCGACUUAAGGUGGGAAGGGUCAAACGAACCCGGGCAACGCAGACGGAACAGGUGAAGACAAAAGCUGGAUGA